AUGCAGGCUCACGAGCUUCAAGCCCAGUAUCGCCCAGCGGCGCAGCAGACUCCUUCAGCUAAGCCAACCACAUCCGGUGCAAACUCCCAGGCAUCAGCGGCGAUCAAGCUUUUGACUUGGAACUGCGGCGGAUUUUCCACAUGCAAGGACGAAUUUUACACAUGGCUCAAAACAUGUUCAUGUGACGCGGUCUGCUUGCAGGAGACUUGGAUGAGGGAAAGCUCGGAGUUUGUUGCGGGCGAGUGGACAUGUGUCCAAAGCGGAGUGGGCACUUCGGUGUCCAGAGCACAGGCAGGAGUCAUGAUCAUGCUCAAGAGGUCGGUCUUUGACAGCGGCACCAUUCGCUACAAUCAUGUAGUUGCAGGCAGAGUUCUCCAUGUUCGGGCGCAAAGCAAACACGGCUGGGUGGACAUCGUAGGCACCUACAUGCAUGCAUGGGGGAGUAGAGAGAGCGACACCGAGAUCGUGAAGAAACGCUCAAAGGUGUGGACGGCAUUACGCACCACCCUUGGUCAGAUUCCUCGAGGCAGCCAGCUGCUUCUCUGUGGCGACUUUAACACGAUCACCAAGCCCACUCCUCCUUGCAUAGGUGCAGGCACUUGCGAUGGCGAGAAGGAGGCCUCCCUGGACUCAGACGACAUGCUGGGCAUCUUGCAGGACUUUGGGUUGCAGGCUGUGAACACUUUCGGCAAGCAUGGUAGCUACACCCAUGUUCUUGAACAACGCGGCAAGCAGUACCGCUCCUUCCUGGACUUUGUGAUGGUCCGGCGGCGAGGUGCUACACUCAGGACAGCCUCUCGCAUCAUUGGUGACUGUCCAGUGGCUCGCUGGCGUGGAGGUGGACGGCAUCUACCUGUGACAGUCACAUUGCACUUCAGGCGUUUUCAGUUCGUGAAGCCCCGGCCUCAACCACCCUGGCCACAAUGGAAGUGUACCUUGCUCACUGCCAGGAUUGCUCAGAAUGGUCCGGAUGUGCAGGCCUUCCAGGCACAGGUCGACCACGAGCUGAGCCAAAUUUCUGUUUACACACCGGAGCAAGUGAACAGCAUCAUCCUGAAGGCCGGCCAGCAAAAUUUUUCCAUCGAGCGACAAAGCAGUUUGCAGCCGCCCUGGGAACAUCACCAACAUGUGGGCACCAUUAAGAACAUGUGGUUGCAGCGCAGACUUGCCAGCCAGCAGUCUCAGGUCUUCGUGCGUGCUUUCGUGCUUGGAGGUGCCAUUUUCGCUUUCAGCAAAUGCAUAAAAUUGUGGCCCGCAACAGCAGACUUCUCCGGCGAUACCGUUUCAACGAACUUCUUCGUCGGGCCGAGGCAUGCCCCCAAACAGCCCCGAACACGAGCACAGCUUCGGUCGAGCACGGGGGCGCUGCUAAUGCCACAAGCCGAGGCUAAGGCCCUAGCCACGUAUUGGAAGGAGGUUACCACCGCAUCUGUCCCGAGCCAGGCACCGGAACCGCUGCCUUUUGACAUUCAGCAGGAGGCGAUUCAGUCUGCCCUUGAGGCCCUACCGGCCAACAAAGCUGCACCCGCCCACUAUGCACCACAUGUUCUAUGGAGUUGUGCUGCACCCUCUGUGGCACGAGUACUAGAGCGAGGGCUGAUGCAGACAUGGAGACAGGCAGCGGCCACGGUUCCGGUCGCAUGGGCCGAUGCAUGGCUUACUUUUCUUCAGAAGCCCAACAAGGCAGGGAAUGCCCCUCAACAUCUCCGUCCCAUUGCUCUUCUUGAUCCGGUCGGAAAGGCGGUUACGGGAAUCCUUCGCGAUCAGCUCGACACUUACAUCAUCCCACAAAUGGUGGAGCAGCAUCAGUAUGGUUUUCUUCCUCACAGGUCAGUGCAACAGGCCUUGGGACAUGCUUUCAUGCAUUGCCGAACUGUUCGUAGCAUUUGCCAAGCUCAACAACGCUCCUUGUACGAGCAGAAGGCCGGGAACAAGUCGCUGGGAUUGGCAGGGGGGAUGAUCUUAAGUAUUGAUCUGACCCAGGCCUUUGACAGGGUCGACCGGGGAUUACUGGAGGCCUCUCUGAUUCACAUCGGCGUCCCGGCUGAGCUUCGCCAUUUGCUUCUUCAGUGGGUUCACGCUGCCCAUUAUGUUGUGCAACGUGAAGGUCACACUCAGCGCUUCGGUACAACGCAAGGAAUCAGGCAGGGUUGCCGACUUUCGCCGUCAUUGUGGAACUGUGUGGUCAUCUACCUUACCCAUCUCCUAGAGCAAAAAUUUGGCUCCGACUGGUGCAGGCAACACCUGGUGGGAUAUGCCGACGACAACCUCUUCAAGUGGACUUUCCGUGCCAAGGCCGAGGUUACUCAGGCCAUUGCCGAAGCAGGGGACAUUGUUGCUCUAUUUGAGGGCCACGGGCUACAAGUGAGCAAAGACAAGACAGCCAUCCUUCUUCGACUGGCCGGCUCCCAAGCAACGGCCCUGCGCAGCAAAAUCACCACGAAGGUGGAAGGCAAGUGUCACCUGAUGUUGGGCCCGGACCUCACCCUGCCCGUCAAGUCUCAACACGUCUACCUCGGCGCCAUUAUUUCUUUUGCUAGGAUCCGCCUAUGGAAAGCCUACAUCUUGCCAACAGUCUUCUACGCGUUGACGGCUUCGGGUCUCACAGCCAAGAGUGCAUCCAUGAUCAGGGUCGAAUUGGUCAAGCAGGUCCGAGUCUUGGAAAAGACCCGCGAGCUCCAAGGCAAGCUCCCGCCACACGAUGUCAGACUCGACCCGGCACUGUUUGCGCAUGAGGAAAGUAUUCUCCAGCAGCUCCAGAAUUUUGUUCAGCCGGACUCAACAACGGGUGCUGCUGCCGACCUGCCCUGCCCUGACUGUGGCAAAUGCUUUCCAACUGCAGCGUCCCUACGCCAGCACCGUGCCAGUGCACACAGGCGAGGAGAGGACAAACCGAGUGGUGAACGUUUUGACCGGCUGCUUCACGGCAAGGACGGCCUCCCGCAAUGCAUCAAUUGCGGGCACAAAUUUCGAUUAUGGGAGGAGCUACAGCGGCAUGUCGAGCUUGGCCGUUGCCAGGCUACUGCAAAAGCUGAGUAUGAGGACGUCCACCCCCCGUUGAUAGCCAAAGUCCUAGAGGAUGAAAUUGUUUUCCCGGAGGUCUUCCAUCAGCUACCGCCCCCGCACCUCAAGACCGAGCUCAACGAGAGGUGUGCACUGUGCCGAACUUGGCUCCCCAAUGAAAACUACAUGAAGGUUCAUUAUGGUCGUGUACAUCGUGACGAGUGGCAGGCGCAUAGUGGUCGUGUCCGCGUAUGGUGCAUGAACAACCUCCCGCCCAUUAAGGGCACAUGCCGAUGGUGUGGACAUAAGGACCAAGCAGGCAGGGAUCAUCGUGCCACAUGCCCGGCUUUAUUUCAGCUGGCCAUGACUUGGUUCGUGAAUGGAGGUCCUCCCGAGGCCGCCGAUGUGACCGACCUGGUUUGUCUUGCAGAUAUUACCAAGCAGCGCUUCAAAACACACAUGCAGAGACAUCACGGCGAGCUUUGGCGCAACAUGCAGCCUCGUGUGCAGCUCUUGUGUGCAGAGUGGACGGGCUCGAUCACCAUUCCCUGCAUGAUGGACACCGAGAUUCAGGAUGUGUUCGCCGGCUGCCUGCCGGCUCUGGCGAAGAUCAGCGCGGUGAACCUUCAGGACCCGUGGGAGAUCGAGGCCACGGGGGACCAGGAAAUGCCGAACCGAGGCAAGAGGUCACGACAGGAGCCCGAGAUGAACAAGGACAAGCAGCCUCCGAAGGGGGGCAAAGGCAAGGGCGGACGUCGCGACAACGACGGCCGAGGCCGGGGACACAACAGCUGGGGCAGCUGGGACUACAACCACGGCUGGGAUGCCAACGGCUGGGAUGCCAACAACUGGGGUGCUCCACACAGGCAUCCGUGGCCGAACAUGGAGCAGCUGGUGGAAGCCUUGUGCAGGCUGACCUUGAAACAGGAGGAGGAGCUGCAACUUAUCCGCACCGAAAAGCAAUUCCUGUUGCAUCUAGAGUCAGGGACACACGGUCUCCUGGCUCCGCUGUGGCAGGUGGCGCAGGCUUGGAAGGCGGGACGGGACAAAACCCCGCCGACGGUUACCAGUUCACUUCGGGUCGCCUUAAUCAAAAGUCUGCUUGCGGAAUGGGUCACCCGCCUCGACAUGAUGACCAAGGACGAGGCUACAAUCAAAAAGAUGGAGGCCCAGGGGUGGGUCAAAGUGCAGGGCGAGAAGGAGCUUCAUUGGACAUUUCAGCAGUGGAAUGCGGAGAGCCGUCGAUUGGAACUGGAUGCCACCCGCCCACCAAUCGGACACACUCAGAUGGUGCAGAUUGCGCACGACCGGGGAUACACUCCCCUUCAUUUUGUCGGUGGCAAUGAGGGGCACCCGAGCACAACAAGCCCACGACCUGCUUCGCAGCUUGACGGGCAGCGCAGCUCUUCGUUUGGUGGGGGUUCGGAUCCGCGGCGAGCGCAUGAACUUGCAACCACUCGCCCAGCACAUCGCAAAGAUGGCGGCAGCUCUUCGGCGCUAAAGGUGGUGCGCCGUGCAGAGGUAAGUGCGGGGCUUGACCGCCCUCGCCCGGAGGUGAAGAAAAUCGGUCAGCUCCCCCCUUUGUCCUCUACACAACCGGCGUCUCAUGCUGCUACACCUGCAGUUGUUGAGCCCAUAGUGCCAACAUCUGUGGUUGCUGCGCGUCCUCUACCCUCUGCGCUUCUUCCCGAGUGUAGCCUGGCGGCAGCUGAGUCGGAAGAGCGCAAGCGUCUGGCCACUGUUUGGUUGGGCUUUGCAGAUGUUGUGCAGAAAGAUAGCAAACUGUUCAUUGACCUGGGGCAUGGUGACACUGCGCGUCUUAUGCCCCUAUUUCUGGAUAGGGCGCCAGCAACUCUGCGGCGCCAUUUAUCAGGUUGGCGUGCUUGGCUUUCAUUUUGCGCAAGCGCAGCCUGGCCGGCAUGUCGUCCCAGCCUGUCACAGAUGCUAGACUUCCUGGCCAGCCUUUCCGAGGGUGCCAUUACAGACCGCGGCCGCCGCCGUCGCAAGACAGCGCUCGGCGUACUUUCAGCGUUGAAUUUUGCGGCUUACAAGUUCCAAGUGGAGCAGCUUCAGAGUGUGCUUGAGAGCCCGUUAGUGACAGCCUGGCAAAAUUCCGCUGUGUGGACGCGGCAGCGAACAAAGGAGGCGUUGCCGCUUCCUCUGGUUGUUUUGUUUCGCUUUGAGCAGGCACUGAUCAACGGGGCCGGUGAGGACUGCCUCCUCUUAUCCGUGCUAUUGGUAAUGGCUUGGGCGAGCUUGCGCUGGUCCGACGUGCAGCGAUUGGAUUUGGCCUCUGUUGUGCUGGGUAGCGAUCACCUAGCAGGAUGGUGUUGGAGAACUAAGUCAAGCAAGCGAGGGAUGCCAUGGGGCUGCCUCUGCUGCGGCCUUUUGAAUAAGGGUUGGGCCGCAGUUUUCUUCGGGGAAGUUUGUAGCUUGCGAGAUGCGUGCCCACAGCGUGAUUUUGUGCUAGACUGCAAGGGCAAACCGCUUGGUUAUUCUGGCAUGCUGGCACAGUUCCGGCGCUGCCUCGUUGUGUAUGCUGGCCUGUCACCCAGCGUGGCAAGUCGGUUCACCUUGCACUCGCUAAAGACCACGCUCCUGGCCUGGUCAUCACAGGUCGAGGUACCGGAGGUGCUCCGGGAGGCACAGGGGCAUCACAGAUCGGCAACCGUCUCUGCCUGUGUGAAGCGUUACUCUCGUGAUGACAUCAAUCCUCAACUAAGUUGCCAGCGCAAGGUGGUCGCCAAACUGCGCGAUGGUUGGCGCCCUUAUGUGCCUGUGGACCGAGGCCUCGGCCGUGUGGAUGCCGCGGUGUUUGAAGCGCACGUGCCCGCGCUUCCGCGAGUGGGACAGGAUGCAGAGCCUGGCGAGCUGCCUUCCGACACAGAGGCGGAGUCGGACGCCGAAGUGGCCGCCGCCCCCGCAAGUGAUUCUGAGCAUGGGGAGUUCGAGAGCGACUCUGAUGCUAGCGUGGCUAGCGGGGCCCCUAGCCUCGCAGAUCUGGCUGACUUGGAAGGCAGCUGGCUUCUGAAUACAGAGUCUACUGCUGAUGCGAUUAUCCGGCUUGGCUAUGACGAGGAGGGCUUGUUCCGUGCAGCUUUUGUUGAUCAGAAUGCCUUUGAGGGUUGGCUGAACAAGCUGCGUCACAAACUUGGCGAUGCAGAUUUGACUGCGCUCAGCGAUGAGGAUUGGGGCACUCACCCUCAUGCUGCCCGCCUGCGUUUGUUAUGGCAAUCCGGGUUGCCCGCACAGCAGCCGCCUUCUGCUUCGGCUACACCGGCUGCAUUGGCUUUGGUCCCUGCCGGUUCCAUUCCAGGGGCAGGAACUAAGUUGACUGCCGCUGGGCGUGAGCAAAUGCGACGCAAACUGGAAAAGGAUUACACCUCCUGUGUUGUGACCCGCGAGACACUUCCCGCCCUCUGCUUUCUUCAGUCCAUCCACCAGCAAGCAGGCGACAAGUUCUUCGAGUGGCUGCCGUGGAGGCGCAUUCUCAGCGAGGAACAGCUGUUGGAGGUCAAGGCCCGCCGGAGCAAGCAGCCUACCCCCGAUGGCUCGGCGCCAGAUGAGUGGGACAUGGAGCUAGCCGGUGCAGCAUUGCGCGUCCAGCAGACUCUGGAAACAAGGGCGCAUGCAUUCGCACUGGUUUCAGCCUGUCACCUCCAUUCCUGGGUUGUGUACACGAAGAAAUUUAUGGCCCUUUAUGCUCGCAAGCCUUCUGACAUGUUUCGGGCCCCCACAGUACAAGAAGCCGAAGCGGCAGAUCGACUUGUGCUCGAAGAGGUGUUUCAGUUAUGCUUCUCGGGACACACGCUCGAUGACGCCUUGACGAACAUCGUUGUGGACAGGGAUAUGCUUCGCCAUGUCCUUGUUGAGCGGCCAAAGGUCUUGAAGGCAGAAAGGGAAAAGGCCCAAGUGCCCCCCCCGCCUACGCCGUCCGGCCUUCCGCCUCUGCCCCGGAAAGCAGAGGGCAAGCGCCAACUUGGCAGCGCUGCCUUGGGGCGCCAGAAGCGUGUGCGCAAUGGCGAGUGUUGGCUCUGGGUUGAAGGAAGGGCUCCAGUUGUCGGGGAGUUGCGUGGGCCUGAAGAGUUCUGCGAUGUGGAGUUGCGUCUUCCUGCGCAUGGAGCUGGCAAUGGUCGGCAGCGCCUCAGGGAUGGGGGAGGUGUUGGGUCUUCUGCAGAUUGGCGAUUCCCCAGGGCAGCGGAUAUGUUGAAGCAGUUGCGCGUUCAAUGGUUAUCUCGCUUCGAGCAGUGGGACUUGCUUCACCGUGUGCAGCGCGUUGCGUCCUGUCAGUCGAGUGAGGCUUGGUUGAGUGACGGAGAGAUCGAAUGUCUUCGCGAAGACCUUUUAUCUUUUCUGAAAGAUCAUGGCUUCAACUCCUCAACUAGGAUUGUGGCGGGCCAGCCCUUGGCCCUGGAUUUUUGGCGAGAUCUGUUUGCGCUUACAGGUGAUGUUGAUUCAGCCCUCAUCCCUCUCUUGCAGGAGGGUGUGCCGACCGGGAUACAAAGCACAAUCCCUCCUUCAGGUGUCUGGCGCGAGGUCGACGUUCCAGCACGCCCCAACCUCGAAUUGCUAGUUCUAGAUGCGCCGUGGGGAUCUGCGUUGGACGAUCCGGAGACCCUCAUGGAAUUGGUGCAGCGAGACGUAGAUUGUGGCUUUGCUGAGUGGAUCCCUGGCGGGCGAGAUGAGCACAUGUGCCGCAUCUCCGAGAAGAUCGAACUGCCGGGCUUGGGCGAUGUUGAGGAGUUCAUUUCGCGGCACCCGGAUGUGCAGUGGAUUGCAUUCGUGCUUGAUGUCAAAACAGCGCACAAGCGCGUCAAGGUGGCCCCGGAUGAACAGGGUUACUCAGUGUUUACCGCAGUGGACCCACAAGGUAAUACCAGGUGGCUGGUGUAUCGCACUUGCCACUUUGGUGGGGCAUGGAGCGCUUACUGGUGGUCAAGGGUUGCUGCAGGCUAUGUGCGUCUUGGACAUUUGCUUCUGCAUCGCGCUCAUUUUUUGGCUAUGUAUGUUGAUGAUGAGCUCUCAUUGUUUCCAGCUGCCACGGGCCCCUUAAUGGCAGGCCUACUCGUCGCCUUGGCGUGUGUCCUAGGAAUACCGCUCUCCUGGAAGAAAAUGGCCCUUGGGCCUUGUGUGAAAUGGGUUGGAUGGUUGCUGAACCUCCAGGGCGCGCCGCGGGCUUCCCUGCCGGAGGACAAGACAGUGCGCAUUGUGAAUGGCCUGUUGGUUGUGAUACGAAGAGGCGAUGUGUGUCGCCGGGACCUCCAGUCCUUGGUGGGACUGCUCUCCUGGUUCACGUGCGGAGCCCGGUGGCUCAAGCCGUGGAUGGCAGUAUGGUUUCACAUGCUUCUGAAACCUGCAUUGCGGUUCCAAUGCCUCGACGAGAGUCAGCUUGCAGAACUACAGCGUCUUCUUGACUCCAAUCUGCGUUUGUCCAAGCGUGCUAAUUUGUCGGAUGUGCAGCAGGGUUGGCAGGUUGCUGAGUGUGGCAGCUGCGCUGUGCGCCGUCCGCAAGACCUCCAGUCGUGCCGCCUGAAGCACGGUCGCGCUUGGGUGAAGUUUCUGGAUGAUGAGUCUGCGACUGUGCGACCCUCUCGACAAGAAGCGGAGGUGGCAGAAUUCUUCCUGCGCGCAGUGCGACUACGGUCUCCAGUUCAUCUGGCCACAAGUGUUGGGGGAUGCGGGCCUGCAGCCGCUGAUGCCUUUGCUUCCGGCAGCGUGGCCGGUAUUGGUGGGUGGUUCUUGCCAGAGGGCGCGCCGCUCGCGGUGUCUUCCAUUGUCUGGCUCUCCAUCCCGCUGGAUGCCCAUUCUUUGCCCGGCUGGUUUGCUGAUGACGACACAGAUCUUGAGAAGACGAUUUGCGCCUUGGAGGCUCUCGCGCAACUGGUACUAUUAGUUAUGCAGGUGAGUGAGACCGCUUGCAGCAGCCGCCGACCCAAUGUGGGAUGCAUUGCGCUGCGCCAGCAGUCAGAUAACCUUGGUGUGGUUUGCUCGUCGGCCAAGGGCUUGUCCAUGAAAGAGCCCCUCGCAUCUAUCCUACAGGCUACAGCAGUGUUUUGCAUGCAGGAACACUUGAACUUGCGGAUAAGCCACCUGGCAGGAUGCCGAAAUUGUUGGGCUGAUGCCCUGUCUCGGGGGGCAGCCCACGACGCCACUUUCUGGAGCCAGCUGAGCCCGGCACGGCGCAAGCACUUGGAUUGGCGGAGUAUCAUGCAGGCCGGCAGACCUGGCCGUCUGUCUCAGGUGAAGCUGCCAAGUUAG